GCCGGGCAAAGUGCGACGCAGCGUCUCUCCUGCAGAGCGCAGAUGUGAGACCGCCGGUGACUUUCUGUAAGCGGACGUUGAUCUGCAUGUUUAAAAGUACUUAAGAUGACAUCGCUGGACCUUUACAGUAAGGGAGCAACUGUGUGGCUUCCUGACCCCGAUGCAGUUUGGGUGUCAGGCCUGCUGCUCCAGGACUACAGUCCUGUAGAGAAGCACCUCCUGCUAGAGCUCUCCGAUGGAAGGGAGGCCCGGUACCCGGUCGGUUCCCCCUCGGACCUCCCGCCGCUGGCGAACCCCGACAUCCUGGAGGGGGAGAACGAUCUGACGGCCCUGAGCUUCCUCCACGAACCCGCGGUGCUGCACAACCUGCGGGUUCGAUUCCUGGACUACAGCAGCAUCUACACGUACUGCGGCAUCGUGUUGGUGGCGAUCAACCCCUAUGAGCAGCUCCCCAUAUACGGAGAGGAGGUGAUCGACGCCUACAGCGGCCAGGACGCGGCCGACAUGGAGCCCCACAUCUUUUCUGUGGCAGAGGAGGCCUACCGCACAAUGACCAGGGAGGAGAACAACCAGUCGAUCAUCAUCAGUGGGGAGUCCGGCUCGGGGAAAACCGUCUCAGCCAAAUUCACCAUGAGAUACUUUGCUGUGGUUGGAGGAGCGUCGCAGCAGACCACCGUGGAGGAGAGAGUUCUGGCCUCCAACCCCAUCAUGGAGUCCAUCGGGAACGCUAAAACCACUCGCAACGACAACAGCAGCCGCUUCGGGAAGUACAUCGAGAUCGGCUUCGGCAGGAACGGGGACAUCAUUGGGGCAAACAUGAGGACGUAUCUGCUGGAGAAGUCUAGGGUGGUCUUCCAAGCGUCAGCUGAGAGGAACUACCACAUCUUCUACCAGCUGUGUGCCUCCAGAGCCUUGCCUGAAAUGAGAUCCCUAAAACUGGAUGCACCCGAGCGUUUCCGCUACACCAGCCGGGGAGGAGAGAUGCACAUCCCUGGUACCGAUGACCUGCUGGACCUGGAGCGCACGUGCAAUGCCCUCACCGUCCUGGGCGUGCUGCCCGACCAGCGGACAGAGCUCUUCAGGAUCCUGGCAGCUGUCCUGCACCUGGGAAACGUCGACAUCCAAGCCAGCGGGAGAACGUCUGAACGCAGUUACAUCGAUGCGGACGACCGAGCCCUGGCGGUCUUCUCCAAGCUGUUGGGCGUUGAAGGCCCCCAGGUGGCCCACUGGCUGUGUCAUCGCAGGCUGGCGGUCGGGGGAGAGGCGCUGGUCAAGCCCGUGUCCGGCCAGCAGGCCCUAGAAGCCCGGGACGCGCUGGCCAAACACAUCUACGGCCAGCUGUUCACCUGGACCGUCCGCAGGCUCAACUCGGCUCUGCGCGCACACAGGGAGCCGGCCAGGUCCUUCAUAGGGGUCCUAGACAUCUACGGGUUUGAGACCUUCGACCGCAACAGUUUCGAGCAGUUCUGCAUAAAUUAUGCAAAUGAGAAACUGCAACAGCAGUUCAACCGGCACGUGUUCCACUUGGAGCAGGAGGAGUACGUGCGGGAGGAGCUGUCCUGGAGCAGGAUCGAGUUCAGUGACAAUCAGCAGUGCCUCAAUCUGUUAGAGGGACAGCUGGGCGUGUUUGACCUGUUGGACGAGGAGUGCAGGAUGCCCAAAGGGUCAGACGAGAGCUGGGUGCUGAAGCUGUACGAUCAACACCUGAGCAGCAAGCGACACCCCCACUUCCAGAAACCUCGCAUGUCCAACGGCGCCUUCGUCAUCCUGCACUUUGCUGACGCGGUGCAAUAUGAAUGCGAUGGCUUUUUAGGCAAAAAUCGAGAUACGGUGUUCGAGGAGCUCGUUAACGUCCUCAAAGCAAGUCAGUCGGAGCUGGUGGCCGAGUUGUUCCAGCAGCAGGGAGACGCCUCCUCCGCGGCCGAGGACCGAAGCAUCGGCUCGGGGAGACGAGCCGCCAGGGAGCACAAGCUGACCGUGGGCUCCCAGUUCCGUCGGUCCUUGCAGAUGCUGAUGGACGCUCUGGACGGCACCACCCCUCACUACGUCCGCUGCAUUAAACCCAACGACCUGAAGGAAGCUUUCACGUUUGACCCCAGGAGGACGGUCCAGCAGCUGAGGGCUUGCGGGGUGCUGGAGACGAUCCGCAUCAGCGCUGCGGGUUUUCCAUCCAGGUGGACGUACGAGGAGUUCUUCAGCCGAUACCGCCUCCUGCUCCGAGGCCUGCGGGGUCAGGAGCACGCCGGGGCCUCGUGCAGACAAGCGCUGCCUGGGCUCAUCCCGGACCCGGACCAGUACUGCUUCGGAAAGACCAAAGUGUUCUUCCGGGCCGGUCAGGUGGCUCUCCUGGAGAGGCUGAGGGCCGAGAGGCUGCGCGUGGCCGCCGUGAUCGCCCAGAGCCGGGUCAGAGGGUGGCUGGCGCGGAUCCGACACUCGAGGAUCCGUCGGGCAACUGUGACCGUUCAGAGAUACUGCAGAGGAGCCGCGGCCAGACGACUUGCGUUGACUCUGCGCUACACAAAGGCUGCUUUAGUGAUCCAGAAGACCCACCGCAUGGUGGUGGUCCGGCAGAUGUUCCUCACACUCCGACAGGCCGCCGUCACCAUCCAGGCCUUCACCAGGGGCACGUCGGCCCGCUUCAGAUACAGACUGCUGGUGGCGGAGCGGGCCGCCGUGUUGCUUCAGGCGAGAGUGCGCGCGUGGCUGGCGAGGCGGACGUACAGGCGAGUACGCGCGGCGGUGGUCUUCACGCAGUGCUGCGCUCGCCGCCGGGCCGCGAGGAGAGCGCUGAUGAAGCUGAAGACGGAGGCCCGCUCGGUGGAGAAGUUCAGGGAGCUCAACAAGGGCAUGGAAGUCAAACUGAUGCAGCUGCAGCUGAGAGCGGACCAGGAGGCCAGGGAGGCUGCAGCCUUGAAAGAGACGCUGCACGCCGAGCGACAGGCCGCCAGCGCCGAGCUGGAGGCUUUGAGGGCAACCGUGCAGAAGCUCGGGAGCCAGAAACGGGAGAAGCCUCGGCCCUGCACCGUCACCAGCGAGAAGGAGGCGGAGGAAAGGAGGAGAGCUGAGGAGAAAGCUGCCCAGGAGAUCCUUCAACUGACACAGGAGUUGCAAGUCCUGCAGAGAGAAAAGGACGGUUUUGACAAAGAGAGAGAGGAUCUCUCCACUCGCUUGCUUGAGCAAGAAAAAGCACAAGAAGAGUGUGUGCACCGGGCUGUGACUCAGGAGACUGCAGCUCUGAGGACGGAGUUGGACGAGGAGAGGAGAAAGUACCAGGGCCUCCUGAGAGAGUUCACCAGACUGGAGCAAAGAUACGACAACCUGAGGGAGAUGAGUCUGCUCACCGAGCGCACUGCGGGCCACAGAAGGACGGACUCCACCUGCAGCCUGAGCUCGGAGCCUCCCUCCCCCACUCUGCUGUCUCCCCAGUUCCCCGGCCCACUGUCACCCUUCCGGUCUGCCUCCCCCGACCCGGAGGAGUUCCGCCGGGUCGGCGUGGCGCCUCCCUCCGCGCGGGGCGCCGGGACGCCGAUGGACCAGUUGAUGGAGACGACGGACGUGGCCAGAGACGUGAAGAUGAAAGGAGAGGACCUGGCACACGCGUACGACGCCGUGCGAGUGGCUAACAAGUUUCUGGAGAGCCAGCUGAGGGACCAGUGCGCCCAGAGGGAGGAGGAGCUGGAGGCUCUCAGGGGCCAGCUAGGUCGAGCGAUCGCUGCUUCUUGCCCCGCCGAGCAGCAACAGGAACUACUCGAGGCCAGAGAGCAGGAGUGCGUCAGGUUGAGGAGAGAGCUGAAGGAGCUCAGGAACACAGUCUCACUCAGACGACUCGUGCCACAAGGUGUCAACCCGGAGACGUCCUCCUGUCCCUCCCGGGCGACGCCAGCAACAGUCUCCGGUCUGCUGGAAUGUAGAAAGGGAGACGAUGCCAAGCUCCUCAAGAACCUCAUCACAGACCUCCGGGCUGACGGCGCCCUGCCUCUGCCUCCCGGUCUGCCCGCCAGCGUUCUCUUCCUGUGCGUUCGCCAGGCCGACUGCAGCGGAGAUCAGACGCACGCCCGCGCGCUCUGCGCCGCCGCCGUCACCGCCGUGAAGGCGGCUCUUAAGAAACAUAGUAGCGAUGUGGACAUGACGGCUCUGUGGCUGAAAAACGCCUGUCUGCUGCACGACCUGUUGACCCAGCAUUCCCCAAAACAGUCCCUUAACUCGGGCGAAGUGGUUCCACUGGCAUCCGACCUCGGAGACUCGAUGCGCGCCCUGAGUGACCUCCGUAUCCAGGCCUAUCAGCAGCUCCUUUCCGUCGCUGAAAGACGUCUGCAAAACAUCAUCGUCCCUGCUCUGUUGGAGAGCGAGAACAUCACAGGUCUGUCCGGCUCGGCGGGAAAGCCGGGGCCGUCCCGAAAGCGAGCGGGUUCGGACCCCCGGGCGGCGGCGGUGGGGGGCGACGCUCGCACCAUGUCGGCAGUGCUGAGGGAGCUGGGAGCCCUUCACGCUGCUUUGUCCCGCCAGGACCUGCCCCCGGCGCUGAUGGAGCAGGCCUUCAGCCAGCUGAGCUACCUCAUCUCCGCCUCCGCUUUCAACAGCCUCCUGCUGAGGAAAGACAUGUGCUGUUGGAGCCGUGGGAUGCAAAUACGCUACAACGUCAGCCUGCUGGAGGAGUGGCUGCGGGGCCGAGGCCUGCAGGCAGGGGGCGCUGCGGCCGCACUGGAGCACCUCAUCCAGGCGGUCCAGCUGCUGCAGGCCGGCAAGAAGAGCGAUCGGGACGCGCAGGCCCUCGUUCAGAGCUGCACCGCCCUGUCCAGCCAGCAGAUCGUGAAGAUUCUGACCCUCUACACUCCCCAGAGCGACCUCGAAGAAAGAGUCUCCCUGAAUUUCAUCCGUACCGUCCAGGGGCAUUUGAAAGGCCGCUCCGAGGGUCCGACCCCCCAGCUGCUCAUGGAUGUGAGGCGAGUGUUCCCGGUCACGUUUCCCUACUCGCCUCCCGCCGUCCUCCACGCAGAGCAGUUAGUCAUCCCAGAGUCCCUCAGGAUCUCCUUCCUCCGCAGAGUCUGAGCAGGAGACGCGUCGCCCCUCCGCAGCGGAGACGGGAUUCAUCAGAAGCAAUAAUAAACAGUUUUCUUUUUUCCUUCAUAUUUUUAUUGGAAGCAGAAACACAAUGAGACUGCAGUCACCUUUACCCCCCCCUCCCCUCCCCGAUAAGAACAACCAGAAUUAAAAAAAAAAAAAACGCAAAAAAUUAGAAACAUCUUGUGUAUAAAAAACAACUCUCAUGCGAGCACUUGGUACCACUACACAUCAUCAGUAAUACAUAUUUAUAUAUUCACAAACAUUUCAAAAAUAGAAAACAAUAAUGAAAUAUCAAAAUAAAAGGACAUCAAUUGGCAACUAACAUCAAA